UUGCAUAAUCUUAAUAAGGAAGCCUCGAGAGCAGAAUGCAAUACAAAUGUGCCAUCCCUGCAGAACAUGAUAAACCUACAAUGGGAAGGAAGAGUCAUGACACACAGAAUUUAAUUGGUCACUCAAUAUCUGGUAGGAAGUGCAACCGAUGUGUCAUUUUUCCAGCAAAUGUCAGCAUGGUUGCCGAAGCUCUAGAAAGAAGAAACCAGGAUUGGAUUAUCCGAACAAAAGUUACAAGUGAUCUGAUCAUACAAGUUGGACAUUCAACCUUUUACUUGCACAAGCUCCCUAUGGUCUCAAGAAGUAUGUAUUUGAAUAGACUGGUAUUUGAUAGAAGAAGCAAUGGCAAGACAGACUUGCAACUAGACAAUCUUCCAGGUGGAACAGAAACUUUCGAAUCAGUAGUGAAAUUUUGUUACGGAUGGAAGGUUGAUCUAACAGUAGCCAACAUUGCUCCAUUAUAUAGUGCUGCACAUUUCUUGGAAAUGACUGAUGAUCUUGAACAAGGAAAUCUCAUAUCCAAAACUGAGGCUUUUCUAAGCUUCUUAAUCCUUACCUCAUGGAAAGACACAUUUCAGAUUUUCAAAAGUUGUGAGCCCAUUUCUUACUGGGCCAAAGAGUUGGGAAUUGUGAAGAGAUGCUCAGAAGCCAUCGCCUUGAAUGUUCAAGCAAAUAAUGUUGAGAACUCAGUGCUUGAAGACAGACAUGAGAAAUGGUGGUUUGAAGAUGUUUCAGCCCUUAGAAUAGAUCAUUUUAUUGAAGUGAUUCAAUCCAUUAAAAGCAAAGCGGUGAGAUCAGAGCUUGUGGGAUCUUGUAUAGCUCACUGGACUGCAAAACGGCUUUCAAGAAUCACUUUUGGACUUCACAGUUUGAAUCCCAAGCAUAUGACUCACCAGUUGCAAAAAGUUACAACUGAAUGCUUGAUUAAGCUGCUUCCUGUUGAGGAAAAUUCUGUUUCUUUCAAUUUUCUACUACACCUUCUCAAGGUAGCUUUAAUGGUGAAAAUCAAUUCUGAAUUGCUGAAUAUGCUAGAAAGAAGAAUCUCUUUCAUGUUGGAGCAGUGUCGUGUUCCGGAUCUCUUAGUUAAGAACUAUGGAGAUGAUGAUAGUGCUUGUGAUGUGGGCAUUGUUAUUAGGGUGGUAGAAUCUUAUGUUUCUUUUGCUGCAAGCAAACCCACACCAAAACUAUUUGUUGUGGGAAGGUUGGUGGAUGAUUAUCUUGCACUGGUUUCAAGGGAUGAGAAGCUUAGUGCCAAACGUUUCCAGUCACUUGUAGAAGCAUUGCCAAAAGAUGCCAGGUUUUGUGAUGACAACCUUUAUACAGCCAUUGACAUGUAUCUCAAGGCACACCCUAGCUUGAUAGAAGAAGAGAGAGUAAGUGUAUGUAAAACCCUAGAUUACCACAGACUAUCCCAAGAAGCACGUGAGCACGUGAUGAAGAACGACCGGCUGCCUGCGAAAAUCAUGACACGAUUCAUCCUCUUAGAGCAAGUAAACAUGACAAGGUCAAUGACAGCUUCUGGAUCAAAUUAUAGAAGAACAAAGAUUCAGGCAAUUCUUAAAGUAUCCAAGAGGGGAUGGAUGAAUUCCCGGAAAGAGAUAAAGAUAAUGAAGAAAGAGCUUGACAAAAUGAAGGUGCAGCUCAAUGAAUUACAGAUGUGUAAGCUAAAGUUGCAAGGACAAAAGUAGAGAUGCCUCAAUUAGAAGGAAAAGCUCAGCUUUGUAUGAAAUACUUUUAUGUUGGGUCUUAAAUUUUGUACCAUUAGAUUUCCUGUGUGUGGAGGAUGAAGAUGGUAUUAAAUUUAUGCAUAAGUUCUCUAUCCAAAUUAAGAAAAGAAAUUCCAUAUGAUGGAUGCUCUAUGA